AUGCCAGCAACUGCAAGGAUGGCUUUCCGCACCUCGCGGCGAGACUCUUGGCCACCGACCACGAUGCGUCUGCAUCCGAGCAUCGAGGCCGAGGACACAGCCAUGGAUAUUGAUUCCAACCAGGAUGAAUUAUCCCUCGAAGAUGACGACCCUAUCAACUACUUCCUCACACCCACUCCCCUACUAGAUGACGGUGACACGGAUGACGACACGGACUCCAUGGACCUGGAGAUGGAAAUGUUCGAUGCCGGCAUCGAAGACCCUCACCACCCCCAGCCGACCAUCAGGAGCAUCAGCCCGUCCGACCUGACAGGGCCCAGCCGGCCACCAACCUCGCUGCCCAAGAUGCUCCCUCUGCCCAUCCGAUCCCCGACACCGCCCAAGGCGAGGUCCAACUCGCUGUCGCCGCCUUCAAGGAACUCCCCAGAGGCCCUGACUCCUAACACGGAGCACGACGACGAUGACGAUGACGAGGACUAUGUCCGCUUCACGCCCCACGGCACGCUCGCCCCCUUCAAUCUCCACCACAACUUCGGGAGCUCCAAGUCCAAGGGCGCCAGCCGCAAGGCUGCGGCCGCCGCCAAGUCCAGGGCGCAGAGGGCACUGGACAAGAACGACAGGGUGGGCAUGAUGAUGGCACACGGUCCCACGACAUCGACCGACAACCUCCUCCUCCCGCCCGGCGCCUUCCACGUCGGCCGACCGCCCACCGCGCCCACCACCCGGGGCAGGUCGCUGACCUCGCCCGGGCGGCGGCCCCGCCUGGUCCAGCGCCCACGCAGCUGGUCCGGCCCCUCGCACGCCGGACACUUUGGCGGCGGCGAGAACCGCCUGUCGCCGCGGGCGUGGCGCGAGCCCAGCCCGGACGUCUGGUCGAUCGAGGAGGAGCCCGAGGCCGAGAUGCUGAGCGAGUUUGGCGAGGGGAGCGUCGAGGUCGACACGCUCGGCCAGACAACGGAGUUGAGCUCUGGUGGUGACAAGGCUAAGAAGGUGCGCUUUGCGUUGGCUGUCACAGACAUCCCUUGA